UAGCGGAAAGAAAUUGCGCCCAGCAGCUAGCGGAUUCUUGUGCAGCAUGCUAACAGGCCGCACGAUGAGCACGCAGUCUCUCCGUCCAGAAUGCUUUAGCUAGCUAAGCUAGCCUUAAGCUAGGUAGUCUUAGCUUAGCUAGCCACGUAGAAGUUUGAUUUCAUUGUUGCUUUGAAAACGGCUGUUUUUUGUCUGUAGUUGAAUGAAACCGGGAUAUAACAGCAAUGCUGCGAAAGCUGUCGAUGUUUGAUCAACUAUUAACAACGUUGACGAAUCAAGCUAGCUAGCUUAGCUAAAUAACGCACGCAUGCUCCAUUCAUUUUUCCAGCACGGCGAGAAAGCAAAAUGCUAAAUGGCUAAGCGACUUACAAAAAAGCGUAAAUAGUUGAUGGACUUACGCCGAAACUAACCAACACACGCAAAGCGAGCUAUUAAAUGCGCACAUAUCGCGCUGAGCACACGUAUUCAUGUUUUUUUAGUAACUACGGCCAUAAUAAUAUUGCGGUAAUAGUCGGUAAAUUUGUUGGUAAACUUGAUUCACCGCUAACGAAGGCAUCGUUAGCAUACAAGCAAUGUGUUUUUCCCUUAGCACGGCGCUCAACUCAAUGCUAACGUACUUAUUUGAAUGGUUCAGUAAGGAAACAUCUUUUCAAAUGGAAAACCAGAGCCAUCUCGGUGACCAAAGAUCUCAGUUCUGUACUGACGACCAGGUUGCAGUAAUGGACUCCGGUGUGAUUGAAGGAGGGCUCAAUGUCACCCUUACCAUUAGGCUGCUCAUGCAUGGCAAGGAGGUCGGAAGUAUAAUUGGAAAGAAAGGUGAAUCUGUGAAGAAGAUGAGAGAAGAGAGCGGUGCUCGCAUCAACAUCUCGGAGGGCAAUUGUCCGGAGAGGAUCAUUACUUUGGCAGGUCCAACCACUGCCAUCUUUAAAGGAUUCUCCAUGAUCAUUGAGAAGCUGGAAGAGGAUAUAAGCAGCUCAAUGACAAACAGCACAGCAACCAGCAAGCCCCCCGUGACCCUACGCAUCGUGGUGCCCGCCAGUCAGUGUGGCUCCCUCAUCGGGAAAGGUGGCUGCAAGAUCAAGGAAAUUCGAGAAUCAACUGGCGCUCAGGUACAAGUGGCGGGUGACAUGCUCCCCAACUCCACAGAGCGAGCCAUCACCAUUGCUGGUACCCCCCAGUCGAUAAUUGAGUGUGUAAAGCAGAUCUGUGUGGUCAUGCUUGAGUCUCCCCCUAAGGGGGUCACUAUCCCCUACCGACCCAAGCCUUCAGGUUCCCCCGUCAUCUUCGCAGGCGGACAGGCGUAUGCUGUACAAGGACAGCAUGCGAUGCCACAGCCAGAUUCUUCCUCUGCUGCUAUCUCUCCACAGCUCACCAAGCUUCACCAGCUGGCCAUGCAGCAGAGCCCCUUCCCCAUCGCACCAAGCAACCAGGGUUUCACUGGGAUGGAUGCUUCUGCUCAGAACAGUUCCCAUGAAAUGACCAUUCCAAAUGAUCUCAUCGGAUGCAUCAUCGGCCGCCAGGGAGCCAAGAUCAACGAGAUCAGGCAAAUGUCGGGCGCCCAGAUCAAGAUUGCGAAUCCAGUAGAUGGAUCGACCGACCGCCAGGUCACCAUCACCGGCGCGCCGGCCAGCAUCAGUCUGGCGGAGUACCUCAUCAACGCCAGUGUAGAGUCCUCUAAACCUCCUCCCUCCUCCUUGAACCCUGAACAGACCAGCCUGUGCUCUCCCUCCACCUCUACUACUGCUACUACCACCACUACUACUACUACCACCACCUCCUCUGCUGCUAUCUCUUCCUCCUCCUCCUCCUCCUCCUCCUCUUCCUCCUGUGUGGUGCCCCCCUCAGCCUCCAUCCCUCUGUCCUUGUUGGCUCCAGGGCCGCCUCCUCCCUCCUCUUCCUCCUCCUCUUCCUCCUCCACUGAUUUCCUGCUCCCCAGCUCUCCUGCCUGUGUGUCCAGUCUCCUCAGUCUCAAGCCCCUCCCUCUCCUGGCCCUCCAUGUUGUCAGUGGGGCCAGUAACCCCGCACACUCCAUACCCGCUGAGCCCAAAAUUGCCCCAGAGCUGAGCUCCAAGUCUAAACGGCGAAGGCUUUCCCCUUACUAACAAAGGAAACACAAGUCAUCACUACUAAAGUACUGACAAUGCUCUCUGUUGUCUGCACUUGCUUUUUGUAUCUGGCCGUGCCGCGCUUUCUUCAGAAAACAAACGCACAGUGUUAAACAGCCAGACAGGUGGCCGCCGACGUAUUUAUAAAAUGGGUAUCUGUAGCUUGAUUUGACCUGUCUCUUAAGGAUGUGACAUGUUGAGUGCAUUACAUUAUUAAAUUACUUUUAAUCUAGCAUGAACAGUGAAUUGGUUCACUGGUUUUACUGAAGCAUUUCUCUCUUUGUGUAAGCUCUGCUCCGGUAGCAGCUCUUUAAGAUGUCACAUUGUAUUUAUGGGAAUAGUUUUCUUGUAGUGAAUUUUAAGUGAAUAUUGUUGGCUGUUAUAAAAGAGAGUAUAUGUAUUAUGAUGGUUUUAUUUUAUUUUUCCCAUAAAGUAGUGAUUUGUAAUUUAAAACUCCAAGUAAAUCUGCCCUCAGGUAUCAACAGCACCAAAUCACUCUUUGAGAUGAUUCUUUUUUGUAAAACUUCCAACUAAUUGAGCUUAGUUUUAAAGGAAUAGUUUGACACUCUGAAAUACUUAUUUUCAACUUGUGGCUGAGAUGAAUAUCACAUGUCUGUAAUUCAAAUAUGUAGCCUGGCUCUGCCCAAAACCUGAUUCAUGAUUGACUAUUUCAUGGCCAGAAGCAAUGACUUCCUGAAGUGUCUGCCGUUAACUUAACAGUAAAGAUGGGACUUAAGGAAGUUACAUAAUUACAAUAUAGGCUUUUUUUGGCAAAUGAACCAGAUUCAUUGUGCUCGUUAGUGAGCUUUAGAGGAUCCUGAGUAGGUUACCUCUUUCCAUUUCUUUAUGCUGAGCUAACUAGUUACUAUCAAUAUUAAUUCCCUAAGAAUGCAAGUAAGCAUGUUUCUCCAGAUGUUAAACUUCAAAACUCCUUAAUUACGUCACUAAACCACAAAGUGUCGGUUGAGAGCUGACCCUUAACAGCUGUUGAAAAGAGGAGAACCCGAGCUGAAGUAUCAUCCUUUUACAUUUCCUUAAAUCAAUGUAUUGAUGAACCCUAUCUAACAUUUUAUUCUGAUGUAAUGUAUUGUAAAUGAACUUUAUCUUGCCUGUCUGAAUGCAUGCCUUAUUCUCUCUCUCUGGGUGUCUCUGUCU